UCUCAACUUCCUGAUUUUCCAACUUCCCUCCGCAACAUUACCACGAUUGGACACCGGGCGUUCUCAUUGCCCCUUCGACAAGAUGCCCGUCACCCUGACCACAGCCGAGCAUUCACCCCGCAGAUGGAAGGCAACAAAGGUAUCCUCCGCCGAAGAGCUGCUUAAGGGCUCAAGCCCGAAGAAUUAUCGCCGCAGCCGAAAGUUGAUACAGAACUCAUUUUCUCAAAGCCUGUUGGACACGUCUCACGUCUCAGCCUCGAAUCAUGGCUUUGUCUGGGCCGUGUUCCACGCCUACAGUGACCAUCACCAUCUGACACUCAGGCCCGAAGACGUGUGGUUUUCCAUUCUCACUCAGCUCGGUUUCUUUGUGAAUGCGCAUGCAGAGGAGCUACGGUCCUUUUUUGUUGCCCACGAGGGACAAAAGGAACUGAAGGUGUACGAUGUGGGAACUGUGGAGACUGUUGAUUUUGGCAGGAUGGCCUUGUACAUGACAAGUCUCAUUGAGAAAAAUGUGGUGGAUGAGGAUCUACGAAACUGGAUCAUGCCGGAUUUCAGCACCACGACCGAGUCCGACAAAGUUGUCGGCGCUAUCUUGAUGAUGGGUGCCUUACAGAAAUACUUCUCCUAUACGAUGUCCACGCUAUGUGGGAUUCCAUCCGUGACCUUGUUAGGCGAGCGAGAGGACUGGGCGCGAAUGGUGACAAAACUUGACAAGCUACGUCAGCUGGGAGAUGAGCCCGCGCGAUUUGCUCAGCUGCUUCGACCAGUCCUGAAUCAUUUUGUUGCAUCAUUCGAUCGACCCGACGCACCGGAUGUGCUGACCUUCUGGAGCAAAUGCGCACACGAAGAAUCGAUGGGAAGCGGACCAGAUUAUCUGACUGGGUGGAUCACAGUCUUUUGUUUCUGGGACGAAGAUGGAAAGUUAUUGCACCGAGAAAACAUACACUCCUCCUCCUCGCGAGAAUUCGAGUCAGGGGAGACUGAGUUCGGGCUGGAUGACGCUUUAUCGCGCCAUGUUGACACAGGCGACGUUCCAUCAGGUCACGCCUCCGUACCGGUCACUGUUGAUGAUAAUGGGACUGUAUAUGACACAGUCAUGCUUGCCGGGUUAGUCGGCAUCGAAGCCACGUCGAGCGGGGCAAUGUUGGAUGGCACGAACAAUCAUGCCCAUUCCGGGGUAUACCUUGAGACGCGUCCCUACCACCCUUCAGCUCCUACCGAGAGAGCUGAUCUCAAUUCGAUUCAGCCGUUGUCGGGGUGGUGGAUGUAUGAAAAAGAGCGAGCAGAAGACGCCGAGAAUCGCACCCGUGAGGUGCAGAAGAUUGAUAAUGAGAUAUCAGCCUUGGACCCACGAGAUGAUACCUCUCGUCGAGAGCGGCUCAGACUGUACACAAGACUAGAGGAGCUUAGAGCCUUCUGAUCUAGUUAUCCAUGAUGAGAAGGCUUCAGCCGGCCACAAGUACCUUAC